AUGUCCGGCGGUUUAGUGCCCGAGAAGAACUGCGAUUGCAAGGGCAAAUCAACCUGGGACUCUGAGCGCGCAGUUGAUAAGGCCGAAGAUCCGUCACAGCCCAGCACCGCUGUCAAUUUUCACUUCAUUCAGGAUGGCGGUAACAUGCUCUGGUCCACACUUGUCUACUGCCACCAGUUCCCCAUUUCCAGCAGGAAUCGGAAAGAAAGCCAAGUUAAGGGACCGAACUGGAAGAAAACUAAAAGGCACGAUCGGGGGUAA